AUGGAUACCAACAAAUCACAUAAAGCUAGCAAAGUUAAUUGUUCCGGACAUAGCACCGAAAAAAAGCCCCCUACGGAUAGUAGCACAAGCCGUACCAAGCACAGAACCCACAAGGAAUCAGACGCAACCAAUAGUUCCAGUCAGUCAGGGCGCACUACUAAAAAUGCAUCAGUAGUACCCAAGGAAACCAUCGCAAAAGCUGCUACUGCUGCUACUACAGCUUCAUCAGCAGCCUCUCGAGUACCAUCAAGACGAACCGUGCAAAAUUACCUUGUAGUAUGGCUUGAUACCAAUAUUGACGAGAAAAAAGAACAUUUUCAAAAAUGCCUCACAGAGCUUCGAAAGAUUGCCGUUGCGUUAGAUCUGUUUACUGACGUCGACCAGUGUAUGGAAUAUCUAAAACGUAUCGAUGGUCAAAAAGUUUUUUUAAUUACAUCUGGAUCGCUUGGAAAAAAGACAGUACCACUUAUACACAAUAUGGAUCAACUUGAUACGAUCUUCGUUUUCUGUGUAAACAAAGAUCUAAACAAAGUAUGGGCGAAAGACUGGUCAAAAGUGAGAGGCGUUCAUCGCACAAUAAAGUCCAUAUGUAAGCGAUUAACAAAGGCUACACGAUCAUGCGAUCACGAUGCAAUACCAAUGAGCUUCGUGCCAAAGCGAAGCACGCCAGAUACAGCAUCGAAAGAACAAAAUCUUGAUCAGCUACCGCCAACUUACAUGUAUUCAGUAAUUUUCAAGGAUAUCAUAUUGGAAAUUGAUGAUGAUGACAAAAAAUCAAUGAACACUUUCGUAAACUUUUGUCAACAACAAAAAGUUUCUGAAACAGAAAUAAAUGACUUAAAACGUAAAUACCAUCAUAAAUCACCGGUCUGGUGGUAUACGAAACCAAUGUUUCUGUAUGGUAUGCUUAAUCGUGCCUUACGUAUGCUCGACAUGGAGGGAAUGACAAAAUUAGGUUUUUUUAUUCGAAGUCUUCAUCUUCAACUGGAACAAUUGCACCAGGAACAAUCAGUGAACUUCCAAACAGCUUUUAACGUUUAUCGUGGUCAGGGAAUGAGCAAAGAAGAUUUUCAGAAUCUAAGUGAUUCAAAAGGUGGACUCCUUUCGUUCAACAACUUUUUAUCAACUAUUAAAACAUCAUUCACAUAUUUCGUUUCUUUUUUCGACAGUGUUUGA